GUGACAACAUUACUGUUGGGAAAGGAACCUCAUUUGUUCACAGGAACAGGACAGUGGUCCUAACAGAUAUAUCUCUGUGCAGACUCACUAUUGGAUUUGUUCACAGGAACAGGACAGUGGCCCUAACAGAUAUAUCUCUGUGCAGACUCACUAUUGGAUUUGUUCACAGGAACAGGACAGUGGCCCUAACAGAUAUAUCUCUGUGCAGACUCACUAUUGGAUUUGUUCACAGGAACAGGACAGUGGCCCUAACAGAUAUAUCUCUGUGCAGACUCACUAUUGGAUUUGUUCACAGGAACAGGACAGUGGCCCUAACAGAUAUAUCUCUGUGCAGACUCACUAUUGGAUUUGUUCACAGGAACAGGACAGUUGGCCCUAACAGAUAUAUCUCUGUGCAGACUCACUAUUGGAUUUGUUCACAGGAACAGGACAGUGGCCCUAACAGAUAUAUCUCUGUGCAGACUCACUAUUGGUGAUGCUUAAAGGGAAGACGCUUGUCCUUACUACAUCAGCAAGCUAAAAGAUAACAGAACACAGACAAGGAUAAUAUCGCAGGAUCCUGUACGGUUGUGCACAUGGCUUUGGUAGAGAUUAUGCGCCACUGGAGUGAGGGGGUGGCUGCGGCUGAUAAAGGGGACUGGGCUGAGGCCUUACAACUUUUCACAACCAUCACUAAUCCACAAUCUAAGAUCUGCUUUAACAUCGGUUGUUGUCACCUUGUCAUGGAAAACUUGCAGGAGGCUGAGAAGGCCUUCCAUUCCACCAUAGAACGAGACAAACACUUGGCCGUUGCUUAUUUCCAGAGGGGGUUGGUCUUCUUCAAGAAAGGAAGCUACAACUCAGCACUAGAAGACUGGACGCGCUGCUUCACAGAACUGAGGGGGAAUCAGCUGAUUGACUACAGGAUACUGGGACUCGCGUUCAAACUAUACAGUUGUGAGAUCCUGUAUAACAUUGCUCUGGCAUACACUAAACUGGGUGACUUUGCAAAGGCUGAAGAGAGGAUGAUUCUCGCCCUCAAUCAGAAGGCCGAGCCCCGUCAUGGUACAAAACUUGAAAGAGCUCUACAGUGUAUCUUGAAACAGAAGGAUUUUCCACCGGUAGAAAUACCACAAGGGAGGUUAUUUCAACCCAGCGAGAAGAUGGUGGCACAGCUGGAAAAGAAAGAUUACCUGGGGAAAGCACAGGUUGUGGCCUCUGUAGUUGAUAAAGACAGUUUCUCCGGUUUUGAACCUCUGAAACCUCAGGCCAAUAAUCUCCUCCAACGGCCAAGGACUCCUGAAAUUCUCAGGACCCUGGAAGGGGAGCCGCACCGUGUGCUGUUUGAGUUCAUUCCUGAAACAGCUGAAGAGAUAGAGGUGAUGCCGGGAAACGUUGUAUUUGUGGUCAAGAAAGGGAAGGACAACUGGGCCACUAUUAUGUUCAAUGGAAAGAAGGGGAUUGUCCCAUGCAAUUAUCUGGAACCUAUGGAGCUUCGCUUUCAACCGCAACAAACGGGACAGGAUGAUGAACAACCUUCAAGCAAAUCACCACAGAAGUCAGAUAUUCCAGCUCCACCGAAUGCUGCACCACCAACAAAAUUACCCCAAAACAUAAAAGAUAAUCAAGAGAAAUCCGGCACAGAGAAGUCACAGGAACAUCAGACAGCUGAGUCAACUUCCUACCUAGUCAAGGUCUAUUACAAAUACACAGUGGCAAUUCAGGUCUCUCACAAACUUGCAUAUGAAGAACUUCUUACACAAGUCAGCAACAAACUGAAGUUACUUCCCAGCAGCAUCAAACUAAGUUUCAGGGAUUGCGAAGCCGAUGUGGCACUGAACAAGAACAACGUGGAAAAAGCCUGGGGAUUAACAACAGAAAACUGCUUGAAACUCAAGUGUACAGAUGUAGAGAUGGAGGAACCGCUCGUGCUGGCGGAGGAACCGCUCGUGCUGGCAGAGGAACCUGCCAAAAACCAGCUCACAGAAACUGAUAGCACAGAAAACCGUGUCAGAGCUCUGUUUGAUUAUGAACCAUCUCAACCGGAGGACUUGUCAUUUCACAAAGGAGACAUAAUCAAAGUACUUUCUAAAGUGUCUGAAGACUGGUGGGAAGGAGAAUGUCAGGGGAAAACAGGAAUCUUCCCCAACGCAUUUGUAGAAGAAAUUUCUUAAGGAGCUGGGUAUAUGAUUUCCUGCAACUUGCUGCUUAUUACUUACAAAAGAAUGUUUAACGCACCUUUUCCACUGUACAAAAUGCUCAUCUAGUAGACUUGCAAAGAAUUCAGACCAUUGUUGCUUCACUGUGAAUCUUUUUUAGGUCAAUAUAUUUUAUAGUCUAAAUAAAUAAAUAUAUGAAUGAAUAAA